GCACUGGGAUGCUGCAGCAGCAUAGAUGACAAGUAGAGCCCUUAGCCUGAGAGUAAGGUGGAGAAAAAACUGCCUGAGCUCAUUCCUUCUUUGUUAGAGCAAAUAAAAGUGUGGGGUGCCCAGUGGAGCAGGGAGCGCUUUGGAAGUCCCCACGGGACAGGACUGAGCUGGGGCUGCUGUUGCUGACUGGCUUGUGGUGUCGGGGCCAGAUGGCAGAGGUCAGCUGUCAGCAGCCUGUCCCGGAUCAUCCUCUUAGCUUGAGCUGCUGAGCUGAGCCUGGCUGUCCUGCUCCGCUGGGCAGAGCCGCUUGCUCUGCAGUCGGCAGCGAGGCUGGAGCGUGAGCUUGGGAGGGGCAGCUCCUUCCCACUGCAGGCUUUGCUUACCGACCCCUGAGCGUUCCAGGCUUGAAAGCAAGCCCAUGUUUAUGGGUCUCAGACAAAAACUUGGAGUGCAUCCGUGACAGCGGUUUCCCUUCCUCUGUUCCGUGCCAGAUCCCUGGGCUCAGUGGCUUCAAGUGUUGUGGAGCCGGAGCCUCAUGGCAGCUUUGUGCUCCACUGCGUUUCGCACCGCGGGGUUCUGAGGGAUGAGCUGGGAGAUAUCCAAGUUCCCUGGGUGAUGGCAGCGAUGGGACAGGAGCAGCUGCAUUAGUGCUCAUGCUUAACAAACAACUGGGGCCGAGAGCUGCAUCUGCUGUGUGCGUACAAAGCUGGUACCAACCUUGUGCUCUCCCUCCAACACCCUGGGUGUCCUGCUGGGAGACGGUGUAACGUGCACCAAGCACGAACAACUAAUAAAAACAGAAUAAAGGAAAAGCGCAGCGCUGGAAUUAGUUCCUUAUAUAAAGGGUCAGUGCUUCAAUCUCAUUAGCAUCUUAAGGAGCGGACACUUAGCUGCUUCCAGCUCCCACGGUGCAAUCUGCUCAGCAAUCGGCUUUGGGAGCCCGGCAGGUGCCAUCACAUGCUCAGUGCCCGUGGGCAGCAGCUCGGGGCACCCAUCCCAGCGGCCGCUGUCUGGGGCAGCGCGCCCAUGAGGACACAGCUGCCGCCCCACGGCCCAUAGCCAGAGCGCAAUGGGGCAGCUGGGGAGGAGGCGCGCGAGUCUCUCGGCCAGCCUGAAGACUGGGGCACGGCGGGGCUGCCGCCGCACGCCCGAGGAGGAGGAGGUGCACAUCCCGUUCGCACAGGACAGCCUGGUGAAGCAGUGGAGCUCCAUGCAGAACGUGGCAGACAGGAGCCAGGAGGAAAGCAAGGUUCCCGUUCGGAGGAACAAGUACUUCCUGAACAUUAAUGUGGGUGGCAAGUUGUUCCACAUCGCCUGCAGAGUGGUGGCCCGGUAUCCCGUCACCAGGCUGGGGAAGCUGGCCACCUACACGGACACUACAAAGAAGCUGCAGCUCUGCGACGACUACUCCGUGCAGAAGAACGAGUACUUCUUUGACAGAGACCCUUCCAUCUUCCACUACAUCUUCCACUUCUACUGCAGCGGGGUGCUGUGGAUCAUGGACGAGAUGUGCCCCAGUAACUUCGUGGAGGAAAUCGAGUACUGGGGGAUCCACCUGAAGUACUCCCAGCGCUGCUGCCGGAUCCUGUUCGAGGAGAAGCAGGACGAGCUCAGCGAGUACCUGAAAAUCCAGAAGGAGCUGGAGGCAGAGCUGGAGCCCAUGGACUCAGCAGAGCAGUUUGAGGGCAAAUGUUUGGGGAAGUUCCGCAAGGCGAUCUGGAACCUCAUUGAGAACCCCUACUCUUCCGUCCCGGCCAAGAUCAUCGCUGUCAUGUCGAGCUUCUUCGUGCUCAUCUCCAUCGUGGGCAUGACGCUGAGCACGGUGGAGGAGAUGAAGCACAAGACAGGGAAGAAGUGGAUGGAGCAGAUGGAGAUGAUCUGCGCCAUCUUCUUCACCUCCGAGUACCUCAUGCGGCUCAUCUCCUCCUCCAGCUUCAAGAACUUCCUGCGGGCAGCGCUCAAUGCCAUCGACCUGGUGGCCAUCCUGCCCUUCUACAUCCAGAUCCUCUUUGAAAACCUGGACGAGGGAGAGACGCUGUACCACGAGGAGCUGCACAAGGUGGAGAACGUGAGCAAGCUGGGCAAAGUGCUCAAGCUCAUCAAGCUCAUGCGGAUCUUCCGCAUCCUCAAGCUGGCACGGCACUCCACCGGGCUCCGCGCCUUCGGCUUCACCAUGCGGCAGUGCUACCAGCAGGUGUGCUGCCUCUUCCUCUUCAUCGCCAUGGGGGUCUUCACCUUCUCCGCUCUCAUGCACUCGGUGGAGCACGACGUGCCGGGCACCAACUUCACCAGCAUCCCCUACGCGUGGUGGUGGGCAGCGGUCAGCCUCUCCACCGUGGGCUAUGGGGACACGGUGCCCGACACGGUGCUGGGCCGGAUAGUGGCGUUCGGCUGCAUCUCCUUUGGCAUCAUCCUCAACGGCAUGCCCAUCUCCAUCCUCUACAACAAGUUUUCGGACUACUACGCCAAGCUGAAGGCGCACGAGAACGAGAGCAGCCUCUCGCUGAAGCUCUCCAGGCGGCUCCGCCUGAAGGAGCGCGUCCUGCGGAAGCUGUCAGAGUGCUGCCGAGCCGAGCCCCACUGCCACCACUGAGCGCUGGCGCCGGGCACGUGGGGGGCUGAGCUGGGGAGCAGCCCCGGGAGCAGGAUUUAAUAAACCAG